AUGUCUGAUGACAGUCAUCAGACACAGAGCGCCCGCGUCCACGAGGACAAGGAUAUCAUAAUCCAGAGUGUACUCCACGAGGAAGAUCUAUAUAAAAUCCUGGGGACGUCCAGGUCCGCUUCCGCCGCAGAACUACGAAGAUGUUACCUCGAAAGAUCCAAAAUCUGCCAUCCAGAUAGGCCGCCUUUUCAUCCUCUAUCCACUACUGCAUUUCAGAGACUAGGCUUCGCAUUUGAUAUCCUGAAAUCCCCUUCUGCGCGACGAACCUAUGACCGCGCCUCGAAACCAACCACCUCCCAGCUCCCCGAUAAAACCACUUUCCUGGGCGGCGAGCACACCUUCCGCAGUGCGGUCGAGGCUAUAUUACAUGAAUUUAUGACUGGGGAUUUUGUUAUUGUGCGGAGAUGGCUGGACAGCUUACAUGUGCGGUACCCGAAUCUGGUCUCCAAGGAGGUGGUCAUAAAUGUAGAACGAUCUUUCAUACGGAUCCGGGAGUUGGUCCUAACGACGAGAACGUACGCUUUGUUGAUUUAUGUCGAGCUGGGAAGAAUUCAUAGGGUUCAAAAGCGGCUGAUGGGCCUAGGAUAUUUGGAUGUCGUAGGGAGAGCCCGGUUGACGAUCCAUCUGGUGAGAGUUACGCUCGCGAUGCCGAUGCGUGUUGAUCGUGCUUUGAAGCAAAGAGAGGAGAAAGCCUGGAGGGCGAAGGUAGCAGGGCUCCAGGCUCGGGGUAUCACGCCUACUGAAAGGAUUGGGAGAGCCGGAAUCCUCAAUGAUCGCGUCAGCAAGGUGCUGGAAUUCAUUGUCGGUGCCGCCGGCAAAGACGAGGGGGCUGAUGAAGCCUGGAGUCAAAACCUCGGCGCAAAAGUCUCGUGA